AUGUCAGUCGUACAACCACCAAAGAAUGACCAAUAUCCUCGCCUCAACGGACUUAUCGCUGAGGCAAAGCAGAAGUCACCGUUCUACAGCGAUCUCUACAAAGAUAUGGCGACUACUGGCCAACUGACCCCCAAAGAAGUGCCUUUGAUCGAUCAUUCCAAGUACUGGGCGGCCUAUCAUGAUUCUGAACGUUCGGUUAUGACCUCUUGCCAGAUAGAUGGCGUUCUAAUGAAAACUGGCGGCACAACUGGUACUCCCAAGUUUACCAGCUACUCUCAGAUAGAGCUGCUUCGGACUGCGUCCCUCCUAGCAGACGGACUUCUCCAUGCGGGUCUGCGGGCCGGCGACAGAGUCGCCAAUCUCUUUUACGCUGGAGACCUCUACGGCUCCUUUCUGCUGCACAUUCUGAGCGUCAUUUCUCUGCCCAUUCCUGCCAUCCAGAUACCAAUUGGAGGUUUGAUGGCGCCGGAUGUGACUGCCCAGCUUCUGCGAACAUGCCGCGCAACGGCCGUGCUCUCAACUAUAACAUCGUUGGUCCGUCUGGCCUCUUAUUGCCGCCCUAAACAAGAAACGUUCGAAUAUGUGACGGCUAUCAUGUUUGGUGGUGAGCCAAUGUUUGAAGACCAAGUCGCUGCGGUGGCCUACCUCUUCCCCAACGCGACUAUACGCAGCUGCAUAUAUGGCUCCAUCGAUGCGGGGGUCGUAGCCGUUUCUGCUGGAAGCUCAGACCCAGCAGAACAUAUCGUACUCUCGGCAGCGGCCAUUGUCGAGAUCCUCGUUGAUCAAGAUGGAGAGCUUGUACCAACCGAAGAAGCGAAUAUUCCCGGAACACUUGUUGUGACAAACUUGAUUCGAGACCUGACACCCGUCAUCCGUUACCCAACAGGGGAUCGCGCGGAGUGGGUAGAUAAACCGGCUGGAAUCUUCCGCCUUUUGGGACGUAGUAACGAUGCUGUUCGACUAGGUCCUGUUUCUCUAGACAUUUCACAUCUACGUCAGCUUUCUAGGGCUGUUUUGAAGAGUGUGGCUAUAGAAGCUUUCCAGGUGGUUGUCACCCGUCAAGACUGCAAGGAUGCCAUGGAAAUAAUGAUAAACACAUCAGAGCCCCCUCCUGUAUCCUCGGGAGAGGCUAUUAUUGAGAUGUUGAAUGAGCAGAGGCCGAUGUUGAAGAAGCAUAUUGAGAUGGGUUUGGUCGCUCCAGCCAAGGUUUGUUUCAAAUCCAUCUGCGAAAUGAGAGCAAACCCGCGUAGCGGGAAACUACCAGAGAUUCUUGAUUUGAGACUCGCUACUGUUUAA